ACGGUUCAGCAGCAGUUCCCGCGUUUGGCGACUCUUUCAAUCACAAGCGUAAACUUGGAGUAGCAGCCAGUCAUUCCGGAUAUGGAUGAUCUGUAUUUAGACAAUAUUGACGAAUUUGUGAAUGAUCAAAAUAAGAUCGUCACCUACAAAUGGCUCAGUUUAACUCUUGGAGUCCAUGUCAACACGGCAAAACAAAUGUUGUAUCAUUACCUGCAGCAGAAACGCAAUGAAAGUUCAGGGACUCCACUUCAUGCCACCUAUCUUGUAUCUGGGAAAUGUGUUGAGAAUGGUAGUACGUGCCAUAAAGUGUCAGUAGUACGUGAGGACAAGCUUGAUGCUGUUAAAGCAAAGAUGGAUGUGACCAUCAGUGUGCAUGUGUACAGUGUGCAGAGAGCUGAGCUGAAGGAUAGUUCACCACUUUACAAUACAGAUUAUGAAGCUGUUAAGGAGAACCUAAAAAACUGCAACAAGUACAGCGCUAUACGUUGUGCUGCGGCGGUCCCAAUGUCAUCUGCUGGGCUGCAGAGAGCUCAAGAGAUGGCUUUGGUCCCUCCAGAGGAGAAGGAAAUCAGUAAACCUGGCUUGAAUGAAAACACUUCAGCUACCUCCAAAUCCAGUGCUAAGCAGCCAGCGGGUAUCAUGGGAAUGUUUGCCAGCAAAAAUGCUUCUAAGAGCCAAGAAUCCAGCAAGGAAGUGAAAACAGAACAGAAAGAUGAUUCUUCCCUGGUUGAAACAUCAAAAAGCAAAACAGCCUCCAAAGCGAAUCCGAUGAGUAACUUCUUUGGGAAGUCUGCCCAAAAAAAGGCUGAUGAAAAACCCAACAAAAGCAUUAAGGAAGAGACGGAUGGCAGCUCAACAGCUACUGCAAUUAUGAAACAGUCACAGACGUCUCCCAAAUCCAAGAUUGACAUUAAAGAUGAACAAUCCAAAGUGUCCAGUGCUUUGAAGGUUGAAUCAAAAGACACUCGGAAACUCAAGAUGAAGAAAAACAAAGAAAUAGGUUCCCCCUCUGGGCAGAUUGUGCCAGAUUCUCCACCUGUUCCAAAUGUACAGACUCCCAGCCCUAAAAAACAAGUGAAGAGAGAACCUGUUUCACACCAAGAAGAGAUCUCAGAGGUGAAGAGGAGGAAAAGGAGGCGUGUUUUGAAGUCUCACACAUUUGUUGAUGAAGAAGGUUCCUUUGUGACCGAGAAGGGUUAUGUGAGUGAGUCUUACUCGGAGAAUGAAGAGGUGCCUGAACCCAACAGUCAAGCCAAGGACUCAAGCUCACUCAAGCAGUCAUUUGGAAAAAGAGAGGAAGAGAAAAAAGUAAAGAGUCAGAAGAAGACCUCUACUGCUAACAAACAUACAAAACAGCCAUCCAUCACGGGAUUUUUCCAGAAGAAAUAACUUUUUUUUAUUAUUCUUUCAUGGACUUUUAAAGGAAUAGUUCACCUGGAAAUGCAAACUGUAGUUAAUUACUCAUCCUCAUGUUGUUCCAUAAAAUCAUGAAUCACUGCAUAGGUUUUUUUCUCUUCAUAAAAUGUGUUAAUGAGGAGGGAAAAAAUCCACAGAAAAAAAUAACAACAUGAGGAUGAAGAAAUAGUGACUUCAUUUUUAGGGUGAAAUAUCCCUUUAAGCACUUAAUUUUCAAGAUUGACAUUCCCAUGAACCAUAUGUGAUGCUGUAAAUAUAUCUAUUGUCACUCUUCAAGAGACAUUUACAUAGGAUUUUUUUGCUUCUACAUGAACAACCAUUUUGUGCUGACUAUCUUCACAUGCUGGAUUUCAGUUCUGUGCCUGAUAUGAUUGUAGUAUGUAAAUGUAUGAUCCUGCUGAUCUAGCAGAUUUCCUUACUAUAAGGCAAACUGCACAUGGCCAAUCACCAAUAAUUCCCGUACUGUAAGGAUUGUCCAGUCUUAUUUUGUCAUUGUCUAUUUUUAGUAUGUUG